AUGAACAACCAACGGCCUGUAUUUACUAUUGCUGAGGAUGCUACUGCUAUCCAAGCAAGAGCUCAGCAAGUAAACCCUUUUGUGCUUCAACCUUUGCAGCAAAAUACGAUUCAUACGCUUCAAAAUCGGCUUCCAAUUAACUACUCUCGUGAAGGCUAUAACCUGUAUCCUGUUCAGCAAUGGCGAGAUGCGCAUACUAAUGCAAAUGGCCCUCAAAAUCUUCGUCAGCUGUAUGCUCAAGACCCUUCAGCUCGCCAAUGGGUGGCUCAGAUAAGUCACAUUCCUCAAGGUCAACCGGCUCAAGCAACUGUACAGCCUUGGGGCUAUGAGGUAUCAGGAAAUUGGCAUCUCGGAUACAUGAAAAACAUGUAUCAAGGUCAACAGCAACGCCCGGCUGCUGCACAGUUACCGACGUGGUCAUACAACGGGCUGCAGCAAAUGGAUGCUAACUACUACAAUACCAAUUUUGCAGUCAGUGGCUAUCAAUGGCCUACAGCUACAAUUGGUAUGAAUCAUUUUGAGCCCCGGCUUCAAGGUAUACAGCAGUCAGGGCUUCAUAUUUCGAAUAUAUCUCGCAACGGCUAUGCGGAUUGGACUUGGCAAGGAAGAGGUGUUGCAGGUACGGUCCCGGUGACAAAUUGGCAGCCACGGCCGAAUCAAUCAAACUCUUGA